UCAGCUUCCUACCAAGAGCCUCGUAGUGCCUUCUGAUGUUCUGAAGGCUGUGUUUUGCAGUAUCAUUGGUUCCCACCUAGAUCAAUUUUGCAUUAGUCAGAUCUUACCUCGAAUUCUGUGUCCAGUUCUGGAUACCACAAUUGAAGGACACUGACAAGCUGAGAUGUGUCCAGAGGAGGGCAACCAAAAUGGUAAAAGGUCUGAAAACAAUGCCCUGUGAGGGGCAUCUUAGGGAACUGGGCAAAUUUAGUGUGCAAAAGAGAAGGUUAAGAGGGGACAUGAUGACCAUGUUGAAAUAUUUGAAAGGAUGUCAUAUUGUGGAUGAAGCAAGCUUGUUUUCUGCUACUAGGACACAUAAUGGAUUCAAACUGCAGGAAAAGAUAUUCCACCUGAAUAUUAAGAAUUUCCCGUUUGUAACAGCUGUUUCACCAUGGAAUACGCUGCCUCAGAGUGUGGUGGAUUCUCCUGCUUUGGAAGUUUUUUAACAGGGUCUGGAUGGCCAUCUGUCAGAAGUGCUUUUGAUUGUAUAUUCCUGCAUGUCAGAGGUUGGACUGGAUGUGGUCUCUUCAAAUUCUGUGAUUCUGUUCUCUUUUGGAAAGAGAGUGAGGGAUUUUGACCUCAUGCUCUCUGCCUUAGGUGGAGAGGUGGGUCUAAUCUGUGCACUGAAAUUGAGACUGGAGGGCACUUGGACCACUGUGAAGUUCCAUGUUUCAUCGCAGACAAAAUGCAGCAUCUUCUUUGAAGAGAAAUGUUGGUGGUAAGCAGUCCUCUGAAUUUUUCUUCAGUCAGUGAUCAGGAUGCUUGCAGAGCAGGAUUGCGCCCAGUCAGCCAAUGGAAAGCCUAUGGUCUGGAUAACUAUCCAGGGUUUAUAUUUAUCCCAGAUCCAUUCCUUCCGGGCUGCCAGUGUCAUUGGGUAAAGCAGUGUCUGAAGCAGUACCCCCAGAAACCCAAUAUAUGCAAUUUGGACAUGCACAUGUCUUCUCAGGAGACGACUGAUCUAUGGGGGAAGAGUCAACAUCAGUUACGAAACAAAAGUUCCAGCAAACGGGGACCAAAAAGUUUACUGGAGAAGCUCCGUUGGGUGACUUUGGGUUACCAUUAUAACUGGAAUACUAAGAAAUACUCAGCUGAUCAUUGCACCCCCUUUCCAUCUGACUUGGCUUUUCUCUCGGAGCAAGUGGCUAAAGCUUGUGGGUUUCCAGGUUUCCAGGCAGAAGCUGGGAUUCUGAACUACUAUCACUUUGACUCAUCUCUAGGAAUUCAUGUGGAUGAAUCAGAGCUGGACCAUUCUCAGCCCCUCUUUUCAUUCAGUUUUGGACAGUCAUCCAUAUUUCUCUUGGGGGGCCAGAAACGAGAUCAAGCCCCUGUAGCCAUGUUCAUGCAUAGUGGGGAUGUGAUGGUCAUGUCUGGCUUCAGCCGUUUGCUGUACCAUGCAGUUCCCAGGAUUCUGCCCAACUUGGAGGGGAAACCAUUGCCAUCCUGCAUGGAGCUGCCUCUGCCUCCUGACCUUCCUGCAGAUUCUGUUGUCCAACCCUGCUCUCAAAAGGACUGGGAAGUGUGUGCCAGUUAUUUGCAAGCAUCACGUAUUAACAUGACUGUCAGGCAGGUGCUCAUUGAAGGUCAGACAUUCCCAGCUGAAAGCAGGACAGAAGGAGAAUUACAUGCUUUUUCUGUAGGAUCCUAUCAUGAACAACAUAGUGAAAUCAAAAGACCCAAGUGUAACGCUGACAGCUGAGAUCUGCAUACCUUGUUUUCCUUCAGUUUGAUCUUUCCAGCUCAGGAGAUCUCAUCAGCUAUAUAUAGUGAACCAGCAAAAUAUGUGAAUACAAAAAUUGUCCCUUACAUCUGAUAAUAAGUAGAUGUAACAAACUGUAUGAACUUUAUGGAUGAUGUACUGGCUCAGAUCAGGGUGUUCUGUGGUGUUUCCAGUCUUUUCAAGGUCAUACAAAAAACUGUAUCACUCUGUUGUUUUAUUUAUCACUAACUGAUGCAGAAUAUCUCCCUUGGCCGUUAGCUGUCUUCUUACUCACUUUGAGAUAUAAACAAGAAGGCACCAACUAAAGGUACAGCUGUUAAAUUGUAGAUUUAAUAAUAAAAGAUAUGGUCUGAAGGCAUAUGAAACAGUAAACUGGCUGAAGGCAAGGUAAUUUUGCCAGAUGAUGACUGAGAGACCAGCCGGAGACCACAGAGGAAAUGUUAAAUAAUAUGCCAGAUUUUUAAAUGCUAAAGAUACUUUGCUUGCAGUAUCUUCAGGUACAUUCCUCUAUGAAGCCAAUGACUUAGCUGAAUACUUCUCCCCUGGAAUUUUACUAGAUCAUCUGUAUACAUGAUAUGUGCCUUACAAUGUGUUUAACACUUGACUGCUGCUGAGGAUUCGUUUUGUGGGAUAUGCUCUUUUAUUUAAAUCAGCCUCCCUUCUUGAAGCAGAAUAAUUAGGGAUUGUCUAGUGAUUUUUCUAUUCAAGAUGUCCUUUUCUUCCCCUUGUCUCUGAAUACUAAAACCGCCCUGUUCCCUCAGCAUCAGGCUAUUUGGCAGCCUACAUAAUGCAGUCUUUGCAGCCUGCUUCCUUUAGGAGCAGAGAGGACAGAAUGACUUUACAAACAGGAACAAUGAAGUUGUAGAUGAAGCACCCAGAAAGAAAAUUAAUCAGCAACUAUCUCUAUUGUCCAAAAGGUAAAUAUAUUGAAACAAAUAAGGACAACGCAGUCUUCUGUGCCCAUCUGUUUUAGGAUCCUGACUUCCCUAUCUGGUUUUUAAUGCAAUUUUAAUUGCCAUGGUAGAGCACUCUGUCCCAAGAGUGUUUUGUCGCACUUUUCCCAUGAAUAAGCUUACUCUGUUUUAAAUUAAAGAUCUAUAUCUGUCUUGGGGAGCUGAUUUCUCCCAUCCUCCAGCUUAGUUAUUCUGCAAUAUUGUUGAUGCUGUUUUGAGCAACUCACUCACCUUUUCUUUCAGGAUGUAUUUAGCUCUGCUAUUCCUGAUAUCCUAGAGCAGAAUAAAGAGUAUGUGCUCAUUUCUGGCUAACUCUUAAGAUUUUUUCACAAUAUUCAGCAUCUUUGUGGAGUUCAGACAUGGUAUGAAUUUGGACUAUGUUCCUUACUUUUUCCCUCUCUGUCUUUAUUAGCAUUUCUACUAUAACUGGUAGUAUUUUCAGAGCUUGACUUUGUAUUUCCCUAAUAAUUUGAAUAGGAAAAUCCAGUGUACACAAUUAGUCAGUAUCAAAUGAUACCCCUUAAUUACUUAGAACUACUUAGCAUUUGAAAAUAAAAUGAGUUUUCUUAUCUUUUUUGAGAUGAAGAUGAAGGACCAAUGAUUUUUGCCAUUGUGUGCAGCUGAAGGCUGCAUCUAAUCAUUGCUUUUAUUUGUUAAUUUCUAAUCCCCCUAACUUGGGUGAGGGUAUUUUGAAACCAUCUAUAAUAAUUCAAACACUUUAAAACAAUUUAACACUCAGAACAAAGCUCUCAAAUUGAUACAAUGUGAUUUCCCACACCUCCAGAUGGCACACUGGUCCAGGUCAUGGAACACAAUAUAGGGUCCCUUGCAGCUCUGCAUAAAUUCAACAUGGACAAUGAGGAAAUCAAAAUAGUUAAAGCGUCCCCAUACCUUGGAUCAAACAUUAAUCAGAAUGGAGACUGCAGUCAAGAAAUCAAAAGAAGACUAGGAAUGAGAAGGGCAGUGAUGACAGAACUCGAAAAGAUGCUAAAGAGUAAAGAUAGACAAGUGAGCAUCAUCCAAGCCAUUGUAUUCCCCAGAACCAUGUAUGGAUGUGAGAGCUGGACAGUGAAAAAAGUGGAUAAAAAGAA